AUGGACAGUCGAGUUUGCGAAGCGCUGAGUUAUGUUGAUAAAGGUUUGUAUGCCGAAACACUCGGAGAGAAAAUGGAACUGCUAGUGAAUCUGAAGACGUUGAUGAGUAACACACGAAUACCGUACUUCAUUAAUGCGGCCGUUCUUCGACUUCUCGAAGCGUUUCGUAUAGACGAUAGUGCACUUCGUAGGUUCAUUAUCCAAAUAUUAAAUGAAUGUACUGAUGAAUUGGCUGUGGUUUAUUCGAAGACGGAAAUUACGAGGAGACUGUUGAGAUUUUCGUAUUCAAAUGACUCGUUAAAAAGAGCGUAUAAUCUGAGAUUACUUGCAACUUUGGCAGCGGUAAUCAGUGAUAGUAAGCGCGUGCAUCAUCUGAUAAUGAAAAGUGUUGAUUGCGAGUCUAGAGAUGAAAGAGCCGCAGCUGUUGUUGCAAUGAAUGCGUUUGCAGCCGCUUCAAAACGUUUCUCGGAGAUGACAUUACGCAAAAUUGAAGAAGUGAUAAAUUCACCACAAUGUUCAUUACGGUUGAAGGUGUACGUCGUGCGUGUCAUCGCAAAUUUACACAAUGACGACGAAACUAUUGUGAACGCCAUUGAUAUUUGUGAGAAGAUUCUCUUUAAAACACCGAAUAAAUAUAUCGCUUUUAAUAUCAUACAGUCAGUCACUUCGAUCGUACAAAAAAGACGCAUCACCAUGCCGAGAUUGAUGGACGUUUUAUUGCGUUAUCAUAAAGCAUCUGCUGAUGGCCGUUCUUUGCGCAUGGUUAUACUCGAAAGCAUCAAGCGGUUAUCUCCUGCUGCCGAUCUCUUCAGCAAUGCUGUCAUACAGUUAUUCGCUCGAUUAAUCUAUGCGCCUGGAGUGAAUAUCGAUGAAAUAUCAUUGGAUCGUUCGAGUAUUUGGGGAAAGAACGCAUGGACAAAUUAUUUAGUUGCAAGAACUGCGAUGCGCAAUGGACAUUUGAGGAGUAUUGCGUUGCCGAUUCUUGAAAGCAUUGAAUUUAGCGAUGAACGCUUCGAUAAGCUUUCACCUUAUUUUAAGGCUGCGAAUACGGAGAAUCGUUUGUGGCUGUCUGCCCUGAAGUCGAUUUGUAAGGCUGCUAUUGGAGAGUUCAAAGUUAGCGAGUUGGAGAAUGCAAUCAGCAAUUAUGAUCAUGCUGUUUGUACACUUGAGAUGUUAUGCGUAAAAAAGACAUGGUGGCAUUGUUUCUGGUUCUGUGAACGUUAUGUCAAUUGUCUACGUUCAACGUUAGCAGUGCUGCGACGUGUUCUUGUCACUAGAAAUUUCACGUCGUUGCCGCUUUCCGUCGGUGCACCGUCUAAGCAAUGGAAAACAUGUGCGACCAAUAUGGUGGAAUGUUACGAUAAAUGGCAUUGUCUUUUACGUGAGUGCUACGAUGCAGAUGCCGAUACGAUAACGAGUUUAGAUUUGAAAUGUUUUGAGUGCUCACUGAUGUGUGCGGCGUUGAUGUGGCUCGUUGAAGAAGAUUCGCAAUUAUGCUUCGAUUCAUGUUUAGAGUUGUUCGCAUCAGUAUGUACGUCUGCAGUGAACAACUAUCACCGGGAAUUACUUGAAUGGGCCAAAGGAGAGUUGGACAGGUUGAAGAAUGCAAAUAUUCCUCUGGAGAAACGACUUUCUAAUCAGAUAGCAGUGAUGAAUCAUGUUGCCUCAGAGUUGCUCGGGAUUGCGAGAUUCCGUUUGUUGUUGAAGCGACAUUUAGUUCACGGACGAGUUGUCAUAUUGAAACAUUCAUCAUCAAUAUCACCGUAA